AUGCGUAGCCCGAAGUGUAUCACGGAUAACGAAACUCCCAUAUCAAGGUAUUUCACGUCUCAGCCUCAUCUAGCCGGUACACCUGCAGAGAAAGAAAAUGCAGAAUAUAUUCGUAAAACAUGGAUUGAACAAGGGCUGGACAGCGCCAAGCUGGUUCCUUAUGAUGUUUAUCUGUCAUACCCGGACAAAGACAACCCUAAUAAGGUAUCACUUUUGGAAAAUGGCAAGGAGAUUUUUAGCACUCGAGAGAACGAAGACAUUCUAAGGCCCGAAGAUGAUCAUCCUAAUGUGGUACCUCCUUUCAACGCGUAUUCUGCCCAGGGAACAGUUGAGGGUAAUCUCGUAUAUGUUAACUAUGCUACAGCCGACGAUUUUGAUUACUUAGAAAAGAAUCGUCCUGAUAUCAACAUCACUGGGAAAAUAGUGAUUGCUCGAUAUGGCCUGAUAUUCAGAGGAAGUAAGGUCAAGUUUGCCGAAGCAGCAGGCGCAAUAGGAGUUAUUCUCUACUCGGAUCCCAAAGACUACGCAUCGGACGAUGCGAUAGAUGUCUACCCUAAUGCUUGGUGGUUACCAGACUCAGGUGCUCAGCGUGGAAAUGUGUUUGUCAGCGACGCAAAGGGUGAUCCAUUAACACCUGGAUUUCCGGCUAAUGAUUAUGCUUAUCGGCUAGCGGAUGAGGACACUGCUUUAACUAAAAUACCAGUACAUCCGAUUGGUUACGACGAUGCUGAAAAACUCCUAAUGGAGAUAGGUGGUGACGAAGUACCAAAGGAUUGGAAAGGCAGAUUAAACAUCACAUACAAUUUUGGACAAACUUUCAAGAACCCAAACAGAACCAUAAGUUUAAAGGUUUUAUCUAAGAAGGAAAUUCGAACAGUGUACAACGUUGUCGGCAUGAUCAAAGGCAGCGUCGAACCAGAUCGUUACGUCAUUCUCGGCAACCAUCGAGAUGCAUGGGCUUAUGGAGCAGUCGAUCCAUCGAGUGGCACCGCAGCGUUGAUGGAGGUUACAAGAGCGUUUGGGAAGUUACGUAAAACAGGAGAUUGGCGACCACGAAGGACGAUUUUAUUUUGCAGCUGGGCUGCAGAGGAAUACGGUUUACUUGGUUCCACAGAAUACGUUGAGGACUUUCAGCGAGUGUUGGCCGAGAGAGCAGUGAUAUACAUCAACGUAGAUUCAGCAGUGACUGGUAACUACACAAUGUAUGUUAAGGCAACCCCUUCUGUGAAGAAGGCAAUAUUCGCUGCUUCAAAGAAGGUUCCUUCUCCUGAUGAUGGCUUUUCGUCAACCUUCGAACUUUGGCAGAAAAGAUACGCGGACAACGAUGACACUACUAUUCCAUAUACUCGAACAUUGGGAUCAGGAAGCGACUUUGCACCUUUCAUGUAUCGCAUUGGUGUUCCUGCAACCGACCUCUGUUGGACAUACGAUCCUAAUUUGGGUUUCUCAUCGUAUCCUGUAUAUCAUUCAGUCUACGAAACGUUUUACCUUGUCAAGACGUUCCUCGACUGGGAUUUUAAACGUCAUCAAGCGGUGGCGCGUGUUUGGACAGAGGUUGCUCGCGAUUUUGCUGACUCUACCAUCUUACCUUUUGAUUGCGUAGAUUAUGCAAAUAAGAUGCAUAGUUCUAUUAACUCUAUCAGGACUACUUACGAAGAAAACAUGAAUAACCAUGGUAUUACAUUCGAUGCCGUCAUAUCAGCCAUAAAUAAUCUGACUACUUUUGCCACAACGUUUCAUAACAAUGUCCAGAAAAUGGACAUUUCAAAUGUUCUUGCUGUACGGAGAGUCAAUGACCAGCUUAUGUUAUUUGAGAGGGCAUUCAUAGAUCCACUUGGUUUACCUGAUCGAAAAUUCCUCAAGCAUAUAGUUUUUGCUCCAAGCAGUAAAAACUACUACGCCGGUGACGCGUUCCCUGGACUUGUCGAUAGUCUUUAUCGCAUAGAUGAAGAUACCAACAACCAAGACCAGCGGUGGGAUGCAGUCCGAGAACACAUGGCCGUAAUCGCUUUUAUGAUCCAGUCUUCUGCCAGCACUCUUACAGACGUUGAAGACUAUUAAGACACAAAGUGGUUUACACAUGCCUUGAUAUAUUGCUGAAUGUGCCUUUUCAAUGGAAAAACCAAACAAGCUUUUCACGACUUUGACAAAUAUUAUUCUUUAAAACUUUGUCUGACGGAUCAUCAAUUUCUUAACUCUUUAUACUUUCAGGGCUCUACUAGCCCUAAUUAAAAAAAAAGAUUGUUAUAAACAGUUUAGUUCAGUACACCUACACCUGUAAUACGUUAUAAUAUUGAUUUGAAGCGGAGAAAGAUUUCACAAGUUAUGCCCCUUACGACAUCCAGCUGCAUUUACUAAUAAUCACUCCAUGAUGGUGCUGCAGGCGGGCAGAGUGGGUUUGAUCCGAGUCUAAGAAAAUCGUAAUUACAAACGAUCCACUUACGUACCCUCUCCUAUAUUAUAUUAUAUUAUAUUAUAUUAUAUUAUAUUAUAUUAUAUUAUAUUAUAUUAUAUUAUAUUAUAUUAUAUUAUAUUAUAUUAUAUUAUAUUAUAUUAUAUUAUAUUAUAUUAUGUUAUAUUAUAAUAUAUUAUAUUAUAUUAGAUUAUAUCAUAUUGUGUUAGUAAGUGGUCAUUGGAUUCGUGGUGAAAUUAGUUGAGUGUAUGGUUGCCAAUGACAUCUUUAUUGUUUGAAUGUUGAGUUUCUCAGCUAAAAAUAGUUUAAAGGAAUCCUUUGCUAAAUGUUGGCUGGGUGGAGCAUGAAUUGGGCUUUUCCCUGCAGUGAAUGAUCCCAUGCAUUUCGCGUUAAAUACGGUAUGCCUAUUCCGUUAUUCAUAUAUGCUGUCUUCCGAUAUAUGCCUUUUAAAACUAAUAACACGCUAAUAGAUACAUUUUAUUAAGCGUGAUAUACAUAGAAAGUUCACAAGAUUGAUCAAUAUUUGGGACUUCUGGCUCGCUGAGUUUAGAAGUCUCAAGACCUUUUUGAGGCCUAAAUGAAAUGAAAUAAUAUUUGAAGGUGAAGUUCUAGUUUUCUCUUGUUUAAAAUAAAUGAAACAAUACAGUUCAGAGGGUGCGAUCGCACACCCCUAAUUGUAUUAAGAAAAAUAAUUGUAA